CAACCCAUUACUCUGCAGCCACAUCUCACUUUAAAUCCGCAAGUACGCGAUUACGCCUUACAAGCGCUGGAUUUGUCUGAUAAAAACUAUACCGUAUUGGUUCCUGGAGCCGAAUAUGGCCCUGCCAAGCGUUGGCCUGCGGCGCACUUUGCCAAGCUGGCUGCGCUCAUAGGUCAGGACAUCGUUUUAUUAGGCUCCACCAAGGAAUACGAUUUGUGCCAGGAAAUUGAGCAAUUGGCAUUAAGCUCCAACCCGCAAAACACUGACCUACGCAUACAUAAUAUCGCUGGAAAAACAACGCUAGACUCUGCUUUGGCUGUGAUUAGCGGCGCCCAAGCUGUGAUUAGCAAUGAUUCGGGGCUGAUGCACGUGGCUGCAGCCUUGCAAGUACCCCAAAUUGCUGUUUUUGGCUCCAGCAGCCCGCUGCACACGCCACCGUUGUCCGAAAAAGCCCAUAUAUUAUGGCUGGCGCAAGACACCAAAUACACGCCAGCGCUAGAAUGUGCCCCCUGUUUUGCUAGAAUUUGCCCCUUGGGGCAUACGCGCUGUUUGCAAGAUUUGUCCCCACAGCGCGUCUUUUUUUUACUAUUUGACGACAUCGCCACCCUUUUGGAUGAUGUGGCUACCAUGACCAAAGUGGCUGCAAAAAAAACCACCGGCGUUUUGGGCGAUGAUUUGGCGCUCAACGCCCAACAAGUAACAGGGGUGAACGCCGACCGUGAGUUGCCGGUAGUUUGGGCAGUAGCCAAGGGCUCGCUUAUCAAUAAAGCGAUUUUGGUUCCUGUGGCCUUGCUCAUAAGUAAAUUUGCGCCUUGGGCUAUCAUCCCUUUGUUAAUGCUGGGCGGUCUUUAUUUGUGUUUUGAGGGUUUUGAGAAAAUUGUCCACAAGCUCAUGCACUCCAAAGCCCAAGACGCCGCCCACCACGCCAAAGAGUUGGCCGCUGUGGCUGAUGACAAGGUAGACAUGGUCGCCUUUGAAAAAGACAAAAUCAAGGGUGCUAUCCGUACAGAUUUUAUUUUAUCGGCAGAGAUU